AUGCGCUUCUAUCUGGCGCUUCUUUUCACCUUAGUAGCCGCCGUCCUCGCCCUCCCGGCACCGCAAAAGCCUGUGGUUGUGCAAUAUCCUGAAGACACUCCAGCCUCCGUCAUCCAACAUGCCAUUGAAGAGAUCAAGAAAGAUGGAGGGAUUAUCACUCAUGAAUACUCCCUUAUCAAGGGUUUUGCUGCACGAGUUUCGGAAGUCACCCUCAAAAAGAUAACCGCGAUGGCCGAUUCCUAUAUCCCACUCAUCGAAUCUGACUACGUGGUCCAUGUUGACGGCACAACUACCACAUCCGAGGAACAAUGA